UCUGAUUGAAAUGAUAGGUUUUUCUAACAAGAUGGAACAUAUUUUACAGAAAAUUGAAACAUUUUCUUAACCGAAAAGAAAUAAUUUCCUGAUCAAAUGGAAGAUUUUUUCUAGGCAAAAGACUAAUUUUCUGAUCAAUGGAUCUUUUUCCAUUGUUCUAAAGUGAUUGUGAUUGUAUAUAAAAAUAUUAAUUGAAAGAAAUUAAUAGUUUUCUUGAAAAAAAAAAGACGAAAAAUUUUAUAAAAAAUAAAUAAGUUUCAUACGUCUGUUGUGUGUUAAAAAUUUAGUUCUUAUAAGUUUGUUUAAACUGGCAUUUAAUAGUAAAGUUCAAAUAAGGAGAGAAACUUCAUCUGAUCAACACGAGAAAAGUCAAAUUUUUCAAAGAAAAGUCCAAAUAAAUCUAGAACUUUUGAUGGUCUAUGCUAGGCCAUUGAAGUUGAUACAGAAUGUAUCGAAAGCUCUGGAUAAAAUGAAAUUUUUCCUUGAAAAAAUCAAGCUUUCUCUCGCUAAUGGGAUGAAUCCUCUUCUUAUUUUGAACUUGUCUUUUGAAACUCCUUUGAAGAUCAUUUUAGUGAAAUUUAAUUUCUUUUUAAGUUCAAUUUGGCUCCCAAAGGAACAUUUAGAAAUAUUAAGAUUAAAGUUCCUCUUGAGGUUGCUUUUUAGCUUAAGCUCAGUAUGUGUCCUUUAAUUCUUUCUUUAGCAUGAAAUAAAGGACUUAAAGGACCCAAUUUUUACAAAUUUUCAUUAGUAGGUAGUACCCAGAGUACCCAAAAAGAUGAAAAUAGCUCCACUUUUAAAUUUUUCGAUUAUCUAAAAGACCUUCAUCAGGUACUAUUAAACCAUUUGCACUGUUCUUGCAAUAUUCUUAAGACUUUUAAAUAGAAACAUGACGAUUUUCUUUAAACUUUAAUAACUUUCCAUUACACCAAUCAUAACGAAUAAUGAGAAAUAAUAUUAAAUUGCCCAUCAACCCCCCGCCAAAACCCCCACCCCAAUAAAUUCUGAUGAAAGACUUUCAGUGUAUUAAAUCAACUUCGGGUGGGAAGAGUAUAUUAUAUGUAUUUCCCUCGGUUUUCGUGACAUCACCGCAUGUUCCGACCGUUGUGCACGGAGUGUACGUCGUGUGGAUUUUUUUUCAUAUUAAUUAUAGAUAGAUAAAGAAAGAGAGAAAGAAGGACGUCUCACUGCCGGACGUUCCGCUGAGCAAGACAGUCUCUAGUUGGCGACGAAAUAUUGUCGCGCUGUGAGACAAUAUCGCGAACCCGGCUCUUUUGGGUGGUGAAUUCACCUCCAGUGUGUGCAAGAAAAAAAAAUAAAUCUGUGGUCUAUGUGGAAGAAAAGUAGUGUGAUGGUGGAGAAAAUAAGUCGAGAAUGAAUCAUACGGGAUACCCUUGAGAAGAAGGAAUCUUAUGGGUCUUUGUGCGGUUCUCUGUGCUUAGUUCUGUGGGUUCUGCUACAUGGAAUUUCUCUCGUGCCCCAAGAGCGAGAAGGAAUUGCAAAUGCCAAAAUAUAUAAGACAAAUAUUUCGUUGAAAGAUAAAUAAAUGUGAUGGAUGACUCCCAAAUGCCGUUGGAGUUAAGUUGAUCCAGAGAAAUGGUGGAGAAAGACAUAAAAGUUUGAGGAGUAGUUGUGUGUGUGAGCUGUAAGAACAAAGUGCUACUAAACUUUAUAGUGAUAAUCAAUCCGCCAGUCAAAAUAGAAGGAAUAGAAAAAAGAAAAAAAAAGAGCACGGCGUCUCGCAAUAUGUUUCGCUUCACGAAAGCCGAAAGACGGCCACUUGGGCGAAAGGAAUCAAAGCCAAACUGUAAUUCGUUAAUUUUAGACAACACACGAUGGGAGAAAAGACUUCAGAAGGAGCUCAUGUCACUCAUCAAGGAACCACCGCCAGGUGUUCGGGUGGAUCCAGAUAGUAUCAGUCAGAACCUCUCACAGUGGAUCAUCCACAUGCAAGGCGUUGAAGGGACUCUCUACGAAGGGGAACACUUUGAGCUCCUUUUUAAAUUCAACAACAAAUACCCAUUUGACUCACCAGAGGUGACUUUUGUAGGUUCAAAUAUUCCAAUUCAUCCACACGUGUACUCCAAUGGCCACAUUUGCUUAUCAAUCCUCACUGACGACUGGUCACCUGCACUUUCGGUACAGUCGGUGUGUUUGAGCAUUUCGUCCAUGCUGAGUAGCUGCCAAGAGAAGAAGCGUCCGCCGGACAAUACGCUUUAUGUAAAGACAUGCAAUAAGAAUCCUAAGAAGACUAAAUGGUGGUAUCACGAUGAUUCUGUGUAACCGGGAAGGAAAAAUUCCAGAGGAAAAUAGAAAAUGGCGGAGAGGCGUGUAAAAAAGAAAAGGAAAACUUGGAUUGGGUAAUUUAAUGUCGCGAAAAGACAGCUCGUGUAAAAUAAAUGGCAGAACAGGAUGAAAUGGCAUAAAAUCUUAGCGGAAUAAUUACUUUAGUUCCACAGUGCAAGGGAAAUGAAGAUUCUAAAUAUGUUUCUACUAUUAUAAUUCUUAGAGGAAGGUUUCAGGCUCCCCCAAAAAAAAAAACUCCACACUUUUACUGCUCUAAAUUAUAAAAGAAAGCACCCUAAAGGAAAAAUAAAUAAAAAGCAAUUUUUUAAGACAAUUUCUUCGUAUUUUCCCUUGCGCUGCGCAAUUUAUUGAGAAAAGAAAUGAUAUAAUAGUGUUAAAUAAGAAAUUUAAAUUAUUAUUUAAUUCCUCUUAAAAAAACGAAGAAAUCAAUUCAAUUUUGUUUGUAGUUCAGCAAUCAUUUUAUUUAUGAAAAAGAAAAAUGAAUGAAAUAUGAUUUAUAUUUUUUUUUAACUGUUGAAGAGAGUUUAUGCAUUUUCAAUUAAACUAUUUAAAGGAACAUAAUAAAGAGUUGAAGAUAAAGAAUUUUUUUUAGAUAUUUCAAAUGAAGGGAUGGAUUGAAUAGCUAAGGAGCUACAAAGUCUACAAAGUAAAAUAAACAGUGAUAUCCAUAAAAUUGAUGUUUAAUAAUAAUAACAAAUAUUUUAUUUAGGAAAAUUCUUUGAUUUUCCAUUUCUUUGCUCAUAAAAAAUAAACUAUAAAUGAUUGAAAAUUAAUACUUAAUUAUUAAUUUAGAAUUCAUUGAGAAUGUGUAGCUCCUGUAUGAGAAGAAUAGCCAGGCGGGAGGAAGGAAAAGGCUUAAUAAUUUUACUUGAAAACUUUCAUUAACUUCUGCACAUUUUUUUAUAAAAGUAAGAAAGGUUGCAAAUGUUUGCGAAAUAUAUUCCAAAAAUCAAUUAAAAGAAGUCAAAAAAAAAAUAUUUAAAAAAAUGUUUCUUCGCUUAUAUUUUUUCUUAAUUUUUCUUUAAAGAAAUUUGAUAAGGCGCGGCUUUGUAAAUAUAAAACUUAAAUUGAUCACAUUCCAAAAUUCGUAAAAGUUCUUAAUUUUGCCCCACCCGCAGUUUUUUCCGUGUCUUUUCAUUCACACUUAUAAGAUUAUGAAAAAAAGAGAAAAUUAACUAAAAAUGAAAAAAAAUAUUAUAUUUAAUAACACUGAAUUUGUGAGAUGACGAUGGAUGAAUGAUAAAAAAUACACACCAAUAAAAAGUUAAAAAAGAGUA